CACACACAGCCUUCACAUCAACACAGACACCACACACACCCUCCGUUCCACCAUGACCGUAGUGCAUGCACGGCGAUUGGCAAGACAUUAAUUUUGCAUAUUUGUUUUACCGACACAUUUUUUCUUUUCAUUGAUCGAUUCCUCAAUACAUAUUUUUUUCUUUUAAGCGCCACCCUGUCUCAGAUCUAAUGCGCCUGUCCACAUAGGUUUGAAGACGGGAGCGGAGGGUUGUGAAAAUAGAGAGAUCUCCUCACCAGCUUUUUCAUAGUCGUUUUUUUCUGUCCCUCUCCUUUCCUUGUGCUCGGCCGUUUUUUUCUUAUCGUGAAUUCGUCUCUCGGUAGCAACUAACUGCUCGAUGAGGGAGCACGGGACUAUGUGAACAGGAUGCUCGCAGUGCGGUGCCUUGUGUUUGCUGCAGUGAGCGCGAGGCUUUCCGUGGCAGGUAUCAGAAGCGAAUCUGUAUCGCGGGAUGCAAGUGUGUGGGACUGGGUAUUCCCGGAGAAGGAGCGGGGGGAGAAUAGCGCGGCGCCUGAGGAAUUGGUCCAGCCUCGCCGGCUCUUGCUGCAGCGCGACUCGGAUGGAGAGGCGGCACACCCCCGCCUCGAUACCCACUUGAGGGACACCCCCGACGGCCCAACGCCUGUUCAUCUGGCCCAGAGUAGUUUCCAGGUGGAUGGAUUCGGCCACACCUUCGUCCUGGACCUGGAGCUCAACCAUGAUCUGCUGACAUCAGACUAUGUGGAACGGCACUUUGAUGAGCAGGGAAAGCCGGCGCUAUCUGCGGGAGGGGAGCACUGUUACUACCAUGGCAAGCUGAGAGGAGUUCCAGGAUCCUGGGUGGCUCUGUCAACAUGCCACGGAUUGUACGGCUUAUUUUCUGAUGGGCUGUAUUCCUACGGCAUCCAGCCAGCUUUGAACGGGAGCCACCAGCUCAACGGGACCCACCGACUCAGCAAGAUGCCAGACAUCAAACUGCCCUCCUCCUGUCCAGACUGUGCACAGGAAAAGCAAGACAGCAAAAGUAAUGGAGAGGAGGAGGAAGAAGAAGAAGAAGAUGAGGGUUACUAUGGUGACAGCGCUGCCACUCAGAGAAGACCAGAGCACACUGAUGGACUCAGACGCUCCAAGAGACGGGUAUGGAGACCCAGGGUGCAGACUGAGACCAAAUACAUCGAACUCAUGGUCAUCAACGACUAUGAAAUGUUUUCACUGAUGAAGCGCUCCAUUGCCCAGACCAGGAACUUCGCUAAAGCUGUGGUGAACAUGGCCGAUGCGAUCUACAAGGAGCAGCUGAACACGCGCAUCGUGCUGGUGGCCAUGGAGACGUGGUCGUCUGGUAACCUGGUGACUGUGACCGUGGACCCGUUGGUCAGCCUGGAGAACUUCAUGAAGUACCGCAAGGACAGUGUCAAGGAGGAGGCCGACGUAGUGCACCUCUUCUCGGGCACCACGUUCCAGAGCAGCCGCAGCGGAACAGCUUACUCAGGCGGAGUAUGCUCGCUCACCCGGGGAGGAGGCAUCAACGAGUAUGGGAAUGUGUCUCCUAUGGCUAUCACUCUGUGCCAGAGCCUGGGCCAGAACCUCGGCAUGAAGUGGAACAACAUACGCAACUCUGCAGGUGACUGCAAGUGUCCUGAUGCCUGGCUGGGCUGCAUCAUGGAGGACACUGGAUUCUACCUCCCACGGAAGUUUUCCCGCUGCAGCUUGGACGAAUACCUGCAGUUCCUGCUCCAGGGGGGAGGGAGCUGCCUCUUCAACAAGCCCAGCAAGCUGCUGGAUCCUCCAGAGUGUGGUAAUGGAUUUGUGGAGCAGGGAGAGGAGUGUGACUGCGGCUCCCAAGUGGAGUGUGCCCGCAGUGGUGGGGCGUGCUGUAAGAAGUGCACUCUCACCCAUGAUGCCAUGUGCAGCAAUGGACUCUGCUGCAAGGACUGCAGGUAUGCGCUGAGGGGAGCGGUGUGCAGGGAGGCGGUGAACGACUGCGACAUCCAGGAGACCUGCGCCGGGGACUCCAGUCAGUGUCCACACAACGUACACAAGCUGGAUGGAUACAUGUGUGACAGCAGCAAUGGACGUUGCUAUAAUGGACGCUGCCGGACACUGGAUGGACAGUGCAGAGGACUCUGGGGCUUCAACGCGGCGGACCGGUUCUGCUAUGAGAAGCUAAAUGCAGAGGGCACGGAGAAGGGCAACUGUGGACGCACCCCCGGGGGGCAGGGCUGGACCCAGUGCAAUAAGCCGGAUGUGUUGUGCGGUUUCCUCUUCUGCUCCAAUAUGACGGCUAAGCCGCGGUUUGGAGAGCUACAGGGGGAGGUGACCAGCCUCACCAUCUACCACCAAAACAAGUACCUCGACUGCCGCGGAGGGCACGCGGUGCUGGAGGAUGGCUCUGACCUGGGCUACGUGGAGGACGGCACCCCCUGUGGGCCCAACAUGAUGUGCCUGGAGCGCCGCUGCCUCCCCCUCGCCACCUUCAACCUCAGCACCUGCCCCAGCAGCAACUACGGACUCACAUGCUCCGAGCAUGGGACCUGUAGUAAUGAGGUGAAGUGUAUCUGUGACAGAGAUUAUACAGGGAAGGACUGCAGUGUCUUUGACCCCAUCCCCGACCCCACAAGCCCUCCCGGCCCAGACAAGAAAGGAACAUCCGAAGAGGAAGAUCUGGUGGCGCCUAAGAUCCCUCUCCUCCUCUAUCUGUCGUCUCCGUGUGCGUUCCACUGCCUGUCUGUCUGCGCUGUCUUCCUCCUAAGCAUGUCCUUUCCACCUCGGAGAGGAACACGUCUUCCAUCCUUGACCCUCCCCUUUAAGAACAUCCAAACUCAGAACUUCUGCUUCCGGUCUUUCUUGUCUUCUUGAUUGGUCGUUUAUGUGCGUCUGAAAAAAAGGCCCUCUCAUUGGGGCAGUGGAGCACCUCCCUCCUCCCAUUAUCUUCCAAUCCAAUCACGUCUCUUCAGGUGACCGUAGCCAGUCACUGGAUUGACAACAUGGUCAUUCCCAGAAAGAGAAACGGGUGGUCCGGCUGAAGUUUGCAGACAGCUGUGUGCGUGUGUGUGCGCGCGCGCGUGUGUGUGAGAGAGAGAAUGCAAGUGUCUGUGAGACCUUGAGUGAGUAUGUACCUGUGUGUGUGUGUGUGUGUGUGUGUGUGUGUGUGUGUGUGUGUG